AUGGCUACAGAGGAGGAGAGUAUUAUUGGGAGAUUAUCUCUUCGGGAAGAUGAAUCUACAACACAUUCCACUAGAUCGCUGACACUUUCUCGUACUGAUCCUUUGCUCACCAUCAUUGUAAAGCUUCACUGUUCGAGAAUUGUGUCUUAUGAUUCUAUUGGCACUCACUGUCGGAAUAUCUGGUCCAUUCGCCAUGGUUUUAUUGUGAGACCUGUUGGGGAUAACAUAGUACACUUCAAGUUCAAUGAUCAAAUAGAUCGGGCUAGGGUUCUUCAUGGAGAGCCUGGUUAUUGGGUUGAAAACAUCUUUUAG